ACAGUUGGGAAGCAUCAACUAAUUAAAAAUGUUGAAGUUUCUAGUCAUAGUUGCUCUUGCUAGUUAUACAUUUCAAUCUGGAGAACUAAAUCUGGACAACACGACACCAAUAUUACAAAAUUCUAAAGAUCACAAUGAAUCAAUUAUUAGUACUAAAACACUUGCACAAAUUGAAUCAUAUAUAAUAACUGAAUCAUCCACAAUAGCUGAACCAUCCAAAAUCCCAGGAAUGUUUUUGAAAAAUUAUAAACAGCCUGAUUUAGACAACAAAAAUGAUGAACUUAUAUCAUUGGUGGUAGAACAGAUAAACUACGUUUUGAAUAAUCUGGAAAGAAUUCAUGUUGGAAAUGAGAAUUUACUAAAAUAUCUUACAACAAACAACCAGGAGGAAUUUUGUCAUCUAAUGCAACCUAUUUGUUGUACGCACAAUGAAACCAUUUCAAGUUUGAGGGAUUAUUCUUGGAUCACAGAAUUCACAACACGUCCUAACCAAAAUAAACAGUGGCGUCCUGACCGUCCUGACGGUCCUGACAGUACUCAGUUCCCUACCCAACCUCCCCGUACUACAAGCAUCACAACGAUCGCAACUAAACAAACAACUAAACCAACAAGUAAACCAACAACUAAACCAACAACUACAACCGAACAAACAACCACAAUCAAAUCUACGCAGUCCAAGUCGAGUACCAUUGAAUUUCAAAAAAGCCUUUUGGUAUUUCCAAUACUUUUAGUUAACAUUUGUCAAAUUUUGUUUUGGAGUUAAAAUAAACUAUAUAAAUGCGAUGUGUAAAA